ACUUCGCGAAUUUUCAACGCCGUCGUCUGUACAGCAUGGAGGUCGACUGUUAAGUUGUUAGAUAUUUCUAGAUAAUUUUUUGUUUGAUUCCUUGGAAAAGAAAGAGUUUUACUUGCGUAAUUCAUAGAUAUAUUGAAUGGUAUGUAAUCCGGUUGUGUAAUUGGUUGGAUUUAUUUAAAGAUUUGUACCAUCUAAGUUCGAAUCACACACAGAUGUACGUAAUUCUUUGUUUGUGAUGUUUUGGCGGUAACUUUUCGGACGGCUGUGUGAGAUGUGUAUGGCGUAUGGACUAACCGCUACAGAUCCAACCAUAUGCGCACCAAACCAAACCUCUCUGUCAUAACGUAAAGAUGGAUGUUAUCGAGAAGGGUUAUAUUACCAAAAUUUAUUUGGAGAAUUUCGUGACUUAUUACAAAGUUGUGGUGAAGCCUACCAGAUAUCUUAAUGUCAUUGUUGGGCCUAAUGGCACUGGCAAGUCCACUAUUGUGUCUGCUAUAGCUCUUGGUUUAGGUGGAAAGGCAAAUCUUAUGGGGCGAUCCCCUCAAAUAGGAGAUUAUGUCAAACUUGGGGAAACUACUGCAAAAAUAGAAAUUUACCUCAAGAAUGGUUCGAAAAAAGAUCAUAUAAUAACUAGAACAUUUACUAAUGAAGGGAAAAGUACAUGGACUAUUAAUGGUGUUAUUUCUAAUAUAAAAGCUGUACAUGAAUUCACAGCAAACCUUAAUAUUCAGGUUGACAAUCUUUGUCAGUUUUUACCUCAAGAUAAGGUUCAAGAUUUUUCAAAAAUGGACUCUCAAGCAUUACUAGAGAAUACUGAAAGAUCUGUUGGAGAUCCAAAGCUUCUUGAAUAUCAUCAGGAACUAAAAGAAAAACGAAGUCAGUUUAUAGAAUUGGAGAGUGAUAUAGCAAAUAAACAACGAUUACUGAAUUCUAACACUCAGAAACGUGAUGGAUUGCAAGAAACUGUUAGUACAAUAAAAGAAAGAAAACUGAUAAAAAAGAAAAUGGUGACUCUGAGGCAGAAGAGAGCAUGGAUGCAAUAUGAUCAGAUAAGAAAAAACUUAGUGGAGUCGAAGGAAGCCAGAGACACUGCAGCGAAGGAAAUGCGGUCAAUAGAUAUUAAACUAGCACCGAUAAAUACAGAACUUGAACAGAUAAAGUCUCAAGUGGAAACGUUGAAAACUUCACUAAACAAUCAUAACAACAAAGUUUUCGCUAAGAAUAAAAAAUUGAAAGACAUAAUGGAUGAAAUUUUCAAAUGUGAAACUAAAAUCAAAGAAGCCGAAAGUACAUCGUUGCGGAAAAUUCAAACAGAACAGACUCGGGAUCAAGAUAUUAAACUUGCACAACAGCAAAAAAGCAAACUGGAAAACGAUUUUACUCUCAGAACUAAAGAAAUCGGAUCGGAAGAAAGUUUAACGAGACAAUUGAGAAAUAUAGCAAUCCGUAUGGACGAAAAUCGCAAAGUAAUUAGUAAAAUCAGUAGUCAAAACCAGUCGCUGAGAAAUAGCGAAGAAAACGUCAGUCGUGAAAUAAGAACCUUCCAAGCGCACCGGCAAACUCUUGAUAUUGAGGCGAAGCGUCUAGAUAUCUUGAGACAAAGAAGUAUAGACGCGUACAAAGCUGUGAAUUGGUUAAGAGAAAAUCGUGAUAAAUUUUCGACCAUGAUUCACGAACCGAUGUUGCUGAGUAUUAACGUAACAGAUGCCUCAUAUGCGAAAUAUUUGGAAACCUUAAUACCAGUAAGAGAUUUGAUUGCGUUCACGUGCGAGAGCACGCGAGACAUGAAUCUGCUCAUGAAAUAUCUGAGGGAGCAGCAAAAUCUAACGGUCAAUGCGGUUCAUUCUGAUCCUACAAAACAAGUAUUUAUGCAACCAAAUGUUCCGAUAGAGGCCAUCAGAAAGUUCGGCUUCAGGCAUUACAUGUCAACACUUUUUGAGGCGCCGCCUGCUAUAAUGAAAUAUCUGGUCUCGAUGUACGGCUUAAACAAUAUUCCUAUUGGAACCAAAGAAGUAGAGGAUAAUACGGAUCGUAUUCCGCAUAACUUUACUUGUUACUUUAGCGAAAAUAAUAUCUAUUCGGUGAACACGUCCAAAUAUACGCGAGAAACUUCCACUAGAAUAUCACGAGUCUUGGGCAACGGCUUGUUGUCGAUUGUUUUGGAUAAAACAAAACUGCAUCAGCUCGAUGAGAAAAUAAAAUCUUCGCAAGAAAAAAGAGACAAAAUCUUGAAUCUCAUUAAAGAAACAGAUGACAAAAUUCAAGACGAAACGAAGGAAUUGGACAAAUAUCGAGCUGAAAGAAGUAAAUAUCAGCAGCACAUUCAGCAAAUUCAGGCAUUACAAAGCAGAAUUCGCUUGGCCGCGGAGAAGAUCAAACAGAUGGAAGAAGACCGAACGAGUAUUGAGGAUAUAAAAGCGGCGUGCACUAAGGAGAUCAAGGCUACUAUAAUGAAACAGUUAAAAAUAUAUAACGAAUGUAACGCAAUUUUGAAAGAAUGUUUUACCUGCGUUACAAAAUCCGAAGAAGUGAAAUUUACUCUAGCAUUGUUACAACAAUCUUUGAUGACGAGAGAGAACGAAGCCGAAGAACUGAAGGAUAAACUGGCGAAAGCGGAGAGAAUAUUUAAACAGUACGAUGAGGAAUUUCAGCCAAAGAAAAAAGAAGCUCAAAGAUUGUACAAUGAGGCAUUGAGAAGCACAGAUAAUAUUAGUCCGAAGGAUAACGGGUUCAAAGUUUUUAACAAGGUCUUUGAAAAGUUGCCGGCUACCAUAGCCGAAAUAAAUAACGAGUUGGAAGUCUGUCAAGCUAAGGUUUAUUGCAUGGCGAAAAAUGUGGACGCCGAAAAUGUAUUACGCGAAUAUGAGAACGUGCAAAACAACAUUCAAAACUUAUCGGACUUCGUUAAAACAAAAACUAGCGAACUGGAUAAAAUGAGAAAUGAGAUUGAGGUGUUGAAAGAAAAGUGGCUAACACCGCUGGAACAAUUGAUUGAAAAGAUAAAUACGAACUUUAGUUCGUAUUUCGCCGCGAUGGACUGUGCCGGCGAAGUCACGCUUGCGCACGGCGAAAAUGUCAUGGAUUUUGAUCAGUACGGAUUGAAAAUCAAAGUAAAGUUCCGAGACGCUGACGACUUGCAGGAAUUAACGAGACACUUUCAAAGCGGUGGUGAGAGAACCGUAACGACUGCCAUAUACAUGAUCGCGUUGCAAGAAUUAUCGCGCGUGCCGUUCCGCUGCGUGGAUGAAAUUAAUCAGGGUAUGGACGCGAUUAAUGAAAAGCGUGUUUUUGAAUUACUUGUCAAAAUGACUGGCAGGCCAGGUAGUUCGCAAUAUUUUCUGCUUACACCAAAGCUUUUAUCUGAUUUAACGUACGCUGAAACGGUAACGAUACACUGCGUAUUUAACGGGACGGUUGUUGAUGAUAACGAUGAAGAUUUCGACGAGUUCGAUACGGAAGCCUUCUGUAAAGAACUCGUAUCGAUUGCUAACGAAUAGAAGAGUUCUGUAUAACUGUGUUAUACAAGAUAUCGUAAGAUGAUUUCUAUAUAUGAGAUUUUGUUUUCGAAAGAAAAACAAACUUCGAAAGAUUGAAAAAUUAUUAUAUUUAUACUUUGCUAAGUUUGAAUAAUCUCCAACAACUCUAUUGGAAGUUAAUAUCACACAUACGUUUACAGAGUAUUAGUUAUUAGUAUAUAUAAAAAUAAGAAAAAGUACAAUUUUACUUAUUUUGUGUGUACAAAUUUUUUUCAUA